AAUCACAGCCCCGCGGGGCGGAGCGCUGAGCGCAGCCGGGCUCUGCAAUAGCGACCUGCUUGCUUUUAAAGGCACCGGUGAAUCGCUGUGCCUAGAUCCACCUCGAGGACCGUCGCCAUGCACCGUGUACCGCUGCUGCUCCUGCUGGGCUUGCUGCUCGCCGGCCCCGUCGCCCCUGCGCGCCUCGGCCCGAAGCGCCUUUCCCGGCUUGGUGGCUUCUCUUGGGAUAACUGUGAUGAAGGAAAGGACCCUGCAAUUAUCCAAAGCCUCACGAUCCAACCUGACCCCAUUGUUGUUCCUGGAGAUGUGGUCGUCAGCGCCGAGGGCAAGACCAGCGUUCCUCUCACUUCUCCUCAGAAGGUGGAGCUCACCGUGGAGAAGGAAGUGGCUGGCUUCUGGGUCAAGAUUCCUUGUGUAGAACAGCUAGGCAGCUGUAGCUACGAGAACAUCUGUGACCUGAUAGACCAAUACAUUCCCCCUGGAGAGACCUGCCCAGAGCCCCUGCACACCUACGGGCUGCCCUGCCAUUGUCCCUUCAAGGAAGGCACCUACUCACUACCCACGAGCAACUUCACGGUGCCUGACCUGGAGCUCCCCAGCUGGCUAAGCACGGGCAACUACCGCAUCCAGAGUAUCUUGAGCAGUGGUGGGAAGCGCCUGGGCUGCAUCAAGAUUGCCGCCUCUCUCAAGGGCAGAUAACCUGGCAGCAGCCACCACAGAAUGAAAGGGCACCAGGAAGACAUGCCUCUUCUUCUGUUCCGGGGCCCAGACCUGCCUGCCUCUAACUCCAUUCUCCCACGGUUCUCCACACUCUCUGUAAAUCACGGCAACCUGACCUGAGGGAGGAUGGACCAGGCGGGUCUGAACAUCUGCUGGGCUGGAAGCCAUGUUCCUCUGCACCCCUAACAAUAUUCUAAGAGUUUCUUUCAUAUCCAAAACAGUCAUGGCAUGGGAACUAACAUGUUUGGGAAUCUUAAGUUCAAGCUGGCCUAACCUGGGCCUCCUGAAGUUCUGCUCACACCGCCUCUUUGUUUUAGUCACCAACUUAAAACCAGGAUAACAGUAUUACUCUCUUAUUCCACCCUGAACCUUUCCUCCUGCAAAGAGGUCUAGGUAAUCAGCCUUGGGUCACUCUAUUAACUUCCUGAUUAACCACAUUCUCUUUGCCACCUGCCUAGCCAACACGGGGGCUGACAGAUCCUGAAGAGGCAGGGUGCUGUGUGACAGAAGCUGGUGAGAGUUAUUGUUUGGCAUGCUCCACUAACCCCAGUAAGGCACAGGUACCUGGUAGGGCCAAGGGGAAGACCUAGGGCACCAAAGCAGUCGCUCCCAGGAGCAAGGUCCACUUUCCCUUUUUUGGUAUGACGCAUUCGAGACUGGGAUGGCAUUCCUUAUACCUGACCAGAAACAAAACCAAAAACCCAAUAGCACACGUGCUCCAGUGCCAGGUGGCCAGGGUCUGGCAUGGCACAUCGAGUCCUGGAGAGGUGCAGUCCAGUGUGACCUGCAAGUGCCAUGUAUGGAAUGUGGCCAGAUGUUUGCAAUAUUUUUCUUCCUUAGGCUCCAAACCCAGACUUUUAUAGGAAAUCUUAGAAUUUUUAACUAUUGGAAAUGAAUUGUUUUUUAUAUACUAUGCAGGCCAAAGAGGCCACAUGGACUCAUCUAGGGACAAAAUCUGGCUCAUGGGUGGCUGCUUUUUCUCACACCUGCUCAUCAUCUCAGUCUCAAGUUACCUGGCUUCACCUCUUUCCCCUUCAAGGUCAAGUCCUUGGUGCCUGGCCUCAAAGAGGGCUCAUCCUGCACUAGAACAGGUCUGCAUGGUCGCUGGGAGCUGGGCACUGUGCCAGCUUCAGAGCCUUCACCAUCAGGGUAGAGGGGUUCAUACUGGGGUGGGUGCCACCCAGCAGCCACCACGUGGAACAGGGGUCCCAUGAAGAGAGUGGAUCCCACAUCAGGUUGCACCAUGACAACUUCCUGAGCCUCGGACAGCCCAGCUUCUGGACCGGAAGACUAGUCUGACAAUAAAUCUUUUUUAACUUGC